AUGUCGGCCGCUACAGUCGCCGGUCAGUCUAUAGACUGGGCAACGUCGAUGCUCGUCAGCAAGUCAGGUCCUUUCGGAGUCUUUUCGACUGGUUUAUCCAUCCUUACCGGUUGGAACCCAUUCUCUUGGAACCCGGACACGUACACGGCCAUCUUGUGUCUCGUGGGCGUUUUCGCCUUUCUCAAAAACUACAUGUGCCAGUUCAGGACUUGGUUGGAACAACACUUUACGUCGCAAGUCUACAUCUCGAGGACGGACGAAUCGUACGACAUGCUCUCGACGUGGGUUGCCUCUCGAGGACUGCAACACUCGGCCCGCUCCACCGUGGCCCGCGUGGACGGCGGCCGCAACGACCAGGAGGAUAAGAAGAAGCCCCUGACGUUUGCUCCCUGGAACGGGAGCUUCUUCUUUCUCUACAAGGGGAGCGUCGUAUCCUACAGCACCCACUUGCGAGACAACGGCCUGCAAAAGGAGGAAGAGGUUGUCCUCGGAUGCUUCGGUCGAUCAUCGACGAUACUGAAGACGCUGCUGCAAGAGUGUCGGGUGGAAUACUUGGGGCAGAUUGAAGACAAGACGACCAUUUUCGAAAACCGCGGCGACGCGUGGAUGAAGAUGGUGACGAGAGAAACCCGGCCAUUGUCGACCGUCAUCGUCGACGAGCAAAAGCAGCUCCUCGUGGAGGAUGCGCGCGACUUCCUCAGCACCAAGACGCGGAAAUGGUUCGCGCAACGUGCGCUUCCAUAUCGCCGGGGGUACCUGCUCCACGGCCCCCCCGGGACGGGCAAGUCGAGCUUUAGUCUUUCCAUUGCCGGGGAGCUUGGUCUCGACGUCUACAUUGCCCACAUCCACGAUGCGAGUGACCAGACGCUCAAGAGUCUGUUUUCCAAACUUCCGCAGAGAUGUGUCGUGCUGCUCGAAGACAUCGACGCCGUCGGCAUCACGCGCUCCUCCAAAGGGCUCCAAGAGGCCGCCACGACGUGGGCGGGCACUUUGUCUGGGCUGCUGAAUAUCCUUGACGGCGUGUCUUCGCAGGAGGGUCGGCUCUUGAUCAUGACGACGAACCACGUUGAGAAUCUGGACGAGGCGCUUAUUCGGCCAGGCCGAGUCGACCUCAAAGCUGGAUUCCAGCUAGCCGACGCGAACGCCAUACGUCGGAUUUUUGCCUUUGUUUUCCACCAAGACACAACGGAGGCUUCGACAAGCCGCGGGCACGAGGUCGAUCCGACGCUGGAGACGAUGGCCAAAAGCUUUGCCGCCAGGGUCCCGGAGCACGAGUUUAGCCCUGCCGAAGUGAUUUCCUACCUCUUACAGUACAAGCACUCAUUGGCGGCUGCUGUUGAGAAUGCAGAGGAAUGGGUUGCAGCGAUGAGGAAGGAGAAGAGAGACAAAGUGUUGAAAUAG